AUGUUGACAAUAUACUCUGCUUUCUUAUUUGAAGAAGCUCAAGUUCAGGAAAUGGAGCAGACUCUUCCAAAUACUUGUAAAGCCUCCUUUAAUGAUCCGCAUCGCCUUCAUGAAUUUAACCUGAUGAUUGUUCCUGAUGAAGGUUAUUGGUGCGGCGGUCGCUUCUACUUUCAAAUAUUUAUACCUGAAGAAUACAACAUGAUACCUCCUAAAGUAAAAUGUUUAACAAAACUGUGGCAUCCAAACAUCAAUGAAGACGGAGAUGUUUGUCUUUCGAUACUCAGGCAAAAUAGUUUAGAUGGAUUAGGCUGGGCCCCAACACGAAAACUGAAAGAUGUAGUUUGGGGUUUAAAUUCAUUAUUUACCGAUCUUCUAAAUUUCGACGAUCCUCUGAAUAAAGAAGCAGCCGAAUUAUUCAUUAAGGAUAAGGAAGCAUUUAGAGUGAAGGUGAAGGAAUAUCUGAUUCAAUAUGCGAAGAGAUGAUCGGAAUCGUGAAUAAGAAUUAAUUAUGUGGAAAAAUUUGUAUAUUUAUUGACGAAGUCAUUUUUUCGAAACCUUAAAUUCUGACAAUUCGCUUUUAAGUUUUCAUCAGGGAUUAUAUACUCUCUCUCACCGCGUUUUAAUGAAGAAACUGCUCUGUUCCAUGUGAAUUAUUGCCAAGUUUUAAUUGUCCGAGUACUGAAACUAGAUAUUGUACUUUCCAUGUGAAUUCAAAUAACAAUCGUGUUAUAAAAAUUUUUUCUCUAUUAUCAGAUCAGCACAAUAACAUUAUUGUUGCGGAAAAUAUUUAGGAUUGAUGGGAUAAAGGAAAUUUGUAAAUAAAGAAAGUAUUUAAUAAUAAAGUGUCUGUC